AUGUCCGACGAACCCAGCUACUCCGACCCUUCUCCAAUCUUUGAUAGCUUGGACAUUGACUUGGUCGUGAAAGUUCUGGCUCAUACGGCUUUCAGUCCAUUCUUUACUUUCUUCAUACCGAUAUUCUAUCUCUUUCUGGGCGCAAAGGUUACGGAUUCUGUGGUGGUCAUAUCUGGUGUAUACUAUGUGGCCAUUUCAUUCUUCUGGUUCUUUAAAUGGUACUCCAGACUUUACCGGAAUCAAGGCAACCUACUGUUUGGACCUGGUCGCUUCGACUGGGGUGAACAGAUUGUUGUUAUAACUGGUGGUUCGUCUGGAAUUGGAGAACUGCUUGCGAAUACGCUUGCCGUUCGGAACGUAAACGUCGUUGUUCUGGAUGUCAACCCGAUUCAGACCGAAAAUUAUAACAUAUCUUAUUAUAAGUGCGAUGUAUCUAAGUGGGAGGAGGUGGAAGCUGUAUCUAAGCAGAUUAUUGAAGAGAUCGGACAACCGACUGUCCUUGUAAACAACGCUGGGGUAGUGCAAGGAAAACUGAUUCUAGACUUGUCACCAGAGGACGUUAAACAGACAUUCAAUGUGAACACGCUCGCUCACUUCUGGACCCUCAAAGCCUUCUUACCCGGCAUGAUCGAGGCUAAAUCCGGGCACAUCUUCACGAUGUCUUCUGUCAUGGGGCUCGUUGGUUCAGCGCAAAUGACCGAUUACUGUGCGUCGAAAGCAGCCCUGGUGCUGCUGAACGAGUCUUUGCGAUAUGAGCUUGACAAAAGAUACAAGUGUCCCCAGAUUCGUACAACGCUUAUCACCCCCGGACACGUCCUCACUCCCCUCUUCUCCACCACCAAACUCCCCACUUGGCCCUUGUUCAAAUUCCUCGCGCCGUCCCUCCACCCGGUAACAGUAGUCAAAUCCAUCAUCGCCGCCAUGGACGAGCAGCACUCCCAAACUCUCAUGAUGCCAUUCUACACCCAAUUCGCACCAUUCAUGCCUAUCCUCCCAAGCUUCCUGAGGGAUUUGUUUCAAUGGAUGUCCGGUGCCGAUUACGCUAUGCAGAGUUUCGUUAAAGUGAGUGGCAGAAGACCUGAAGAAGGCCCCGUUGAUACUCAAUCUCCGCGAGAGUCACUCGCAAAGAAGGAGUUCUAG